AUGUCCACCCUGAACAGGAUAACACUGAAAAGGGUUGAGGAUGUUAUCGCAAGUCUCAAUGACCAAAAAGGAGCAUCCGCCAUCGCUAUACAGAGAAGGAUCCAGUCUGAACACCCAGACAUGAAGGCAGAGCAGCGCAAGGAGCUACUGCGGGCCGUGUUACUUGAAGGGCUAGACACUGGACGGCUUCGCCGACCGCAUGGCUCGAAAGUCGGCCGCGGCCUGGUCGGACGAUUUCUGCUCGGAACGUCUGCGGAAAGGUUGCCCACUAUACCGGAGAUAGAGGUGAACACAACACAGCCGCAAGAGGAGGAAGAGGAGGAGGACCCACCAGUGGCGGCGGGAAAUCUGACGUUUGACCUAGAAGAGCCUUGCACCCCAGCCGCCUAUAUACAGCGGGUGCAGGAAAAGAGGGACAGGCUUGUUUCACAGUGUCAGGAGGCAGAGAAAUACCUGAACUACCGGAACCUCCCUGCACAUGCUCUUGAACAAGUCCGCAUGGCGGUUGGCAGAUGUAGGCUGAUCACAAGUAACUCGACAUCCCCGCUGGCCAGGUUUGAAGAGUUGUGCCACGAAGCCAUGACGCUAGGGGGCGACAACCCAUACAAACCCGACCUGAACGACCUUGAUGGGUAUUGGGAGGUUGUCGAGCUGGAGGUCCAGAAGAUUGACGACCUGUUUGAGAAACUUAACGAUAUCGGCGAGUUGCAGAACUCCAGUCAGAAGCUCUGAGGAAGGUGUCUGAUAGACAUCGAAACGUAAGCAGGUGAGAACCUUACUGGUUGUGUAAGAAGAAAAUUCUAUACCCUGUUUGAGAAACUGAAGCGGAACUAUGGAGUAACAUUGUCCAGAUGAAGGACUGACAUUA